GUGCUUUUUUUCCUUCUCUGCAGGUUGAUUAAGUGAAGAGAAAAAAAAAGAAAAAAAAAAAAACACAACGAAGCUGCUUCCAAGUUUUGAAGAUACAAGGCCAGGAUGAACCCGAAGGACUCGAAAGUGUCUGAAGGAGGUCUCAAUGUCACACUUACCAUACGCCUUCUCAUGCAUGGCAAGGAGGUUGGAAGCAUUAUUGGAAAGAAAGGUGAGACAGUUAAGAAGAUGCGGGAGGAGAGUGGGGCUCGAAUCAAUAUUUCUGAAGGCUCCUGUCCAGAAAGAAUUGUGACCAUAACAGGCCCAACAGAUGCAAUUUUUAAAGCUUUUUCUAUGAUUGCACUAAAAUUUGAAGAGGACAUAAAUGCUUCAAUGACAAACAGCUCAGUGACAAGCAAGCCACCUGUAACACUGCGACUUGUCGUGCCAGCAAGUCAGUGCGGAUCCCUUAUAGGAAAAGGAGGCUCCAAAAUCAAAGAAAUCAGGGAGUCCACAGGAGCCCAGGUGCAAGUAGCAGGGGAUAUGCUGCCAAACUCGACGGAGCGUGCAGUCACUAUAUCAGGCACUCCCGAUGCCAUCAUCCAGUGUGUGAAACAGAUAUGCGUGGUCAUGCUGGAGUCCCCACCCAAAGGUGCCACCAUCCCCUACCGUCCCAAACCUGCCUCUGCACCUAUCAUUUUUGCAGGAGGCCAGGUAAGAGCAGACACCAUUUUGGCUUCAGCUGGAAACCACACCGUCUUGGCCCAACCUCAGCCGGCGCCUGCGUUUACAAUUCAGGGGCAGUAUGCCAUCCCUCAUCCAGACGUGAGUCCAGCACAUUUGACCAAGCUUCACCAGUUGGCUAUGCAGCAUCCCCCCUUUACUCCCCUUGGGCAGACCACCCCUGGUUUCCCUGGACUGGAUGCCACUUCUCCAACCAGUUCCCAUGAACUUACUAUUCCCAAUGAUCUAAUAGGCUGCAUUAUUGGCAGACAAGGCAGUAAGAUAAAUGAAAUCAGGCAGAUGUCAGGAGCGCAGAUCAAGAUUGCUAAUGCCACAGAAGGCUCUGCAGAACGACAAGUUACAAUCACAGGAUCCCCCGCAAACAUCAGCUUAGCACAGUACCUCAUAAAUGCAAGGGAUUCCCCACACAUCGAGACGAGAAUAGACCCCUUCAUUUUUAGUUGCACAAACACCAUAUGGCAUGCACCUGGAUCUCAGAAGAUAACAAUUUAAGAUCUUCAAGACAGCUAAAGCAUGCAAAUAAAAUAAUGCACUUAUUUAUGGAGUUGCAGUGAGCUGCUCACCAGAGACAGAAACUCUAGUGAACAAACCUCUCUUUGACUCACUUUAGAAAAGCCUGUGAACUCUCACAAUUCUGUUUAAUUACUGCUUAACAAAUCUUUUGAUGGAAUGAGAUAUAUAUGGGGUCUUUUAAGAUACUUUUGCAAAGAAGAAAACUUCUCAGCAGUCAUAUACAUGGAUGCUCUAUCUAUACCCUGUGAAACCAGAAAGUAUUUUCUUCCUGUUGGCUUUCUAGAAAGUCAUUUGUUACCAUCAUCUACAAUAAACCAUCAUAUAUUAUUAUGUACCAUAUGUUGAAACUGUAUUUAGAUGAAGCGACUUCAUUUGUAAAUGAAGACUCUUAAAGUAAUGUAUAAUAAAUUAAGUUCUAAGGUGACAUAGGACAUUAAGGUGGCUUUUUCAUUUAACAAGUUACAUUGCUCCAGAUUUCUCUUCUCCCAAGAGAAAUGUCUGCCCAGUGAGGUGCCACCGCAGCCACAGCACUGGCCAGCAGUACAGUUACCAAGAUAUAGUUUGAGAUGUCAAAAAAAA